UAAACUGAUUCGGAGAUUUGCGAAAACGUUUAAAAAUGUAUUAAAUGCAUUAUAAUUUUGUUUAACUUGUUAUGUGUCCAUCUUAAUAAUGUCUGAUUUAUUCAGAUCAGCGUUUGGAUUGCUUGGCAGUCCGAGCGACAGAGGAAGUGAUUUUGUUGGUCAGCAGGUCGAACUCGGCGACACCAAGCUGCGAGUGAGGAGAGUUAUCGCCGAAGGAGGGUUUGCAUUUGUCUUUGUUGCUCAAGAAAACAAUACUGGAAAGGAAUUUGCUCUUAAGAGACUGUUGGCUAAUGAUGAGGAAAAAUCCAAAGAGAUUCUCCAGGAAAUUGCCAUUCUUAAAAGGUUAUCAGGUCACCCUAGCAUCGUCCAGUUCUUCUCCGCUGCAUCCAUCGGGAAGGAUGAUACAGACCAUGGUCAAUCAGAAUACCUUCUUCUGAUGGAGCUGUGUCCUGGAGGCCAGCUGGUGGAUGUUAUCAACCAGCGCUCCAUGCCACUCAGCUGUGAUGAGGUCCUGCAAGCUUUCUACCAGGCAUGCCGUGGUGUGCAGCACAUGCAUAAACAGACGCCUCCAGUCACGCAUAGGGAUAUCAAACUUGAGAAUUUUUUGAUUGGUAGUAAGAAGACAUUGAAGCUUUGUGAUUUUGGUAGUGCUACCAGUAAAUCCUACCAUCCUGAUUCAUCAUGGAGCUCUCUCAAAAGAAGCACACUAGAAGAUGAGUUGGCUAGACACACUACACCAAUGUACAGGCCUCCUGAAAUCUUGGACCUUUAUCAGAACUUUCCAAUUAAUCAUGCCAUGGAUGUAUGGGCAUUAGGAUGUAUGUUGUUUACCAUGUGCUAUAGACAGCAUCCCUUUGAAGACUCUGCAAAGCUUAGAAUUAUCAACGCAAACUAUACCAUUCCAGAGGAUGACCAAGAAUACAUGAUUUUACAUGAUCUUAUUCGUGCAAUGUUACAAGUGGAUCCACGCAGCAGACCUCCUGUGGAGGUUAUCAUUGCUCAACUUCAGGAAAUUGCAGCUGCUCGAGAGGUGACGUUGAAAGGCCCUUUGAGUUUGCUUGAGACCAGUCCAGUCCAAACCACUGCCAGUCCUGCUAAGAAACCACCAGAAAAAGAAGCUGUUCCUGAAUCUUCCGACUCAGGGGGAAACUUUCUAGGGAUGAUGAAAGGAGCUGGAGGGAAUCUUCUUCGGAACCUCAAAGACACCUCCAAUAGGGUUGCACAGACAGUAGCAAGUUACACCAAGUCCGAGUUGGAUAUAUCCUACAUCACCAGUAGGAUCAUCGUCAUGUCGUUUCCUGCCGAGGGCUUAGAGUCCACUUACAAGAAUGGUAUUGAUGAUGUCCGAAGCUUCCUAGAUACCAGGCAUGCUGGCCGUUACCAUGUCUUUAAUCUCUCACAAAGGACGUAUCGACCUAUCAAGUUUGAAAAUCGAGUUUCGGAUUGUGGAUUCCCUGCCAAGAGACCACCAAACCUAGUUCUCCUCUAUCAUGUGUGUAGGAAUAUGUAUCUUUGGAUGCAAAGGGAUCCCAAGAAUGUGUGUGUUGUACAUUGUAUGGAUGGCAAGGCCUCUUCAGCUACUAUAGUCUCUUCCUUCCUUACAUUCUGUCGUCUGUUCAGUACGGUAGAUGUCAGUCUCUAUAUGUUCUCCGUCAAGCGAGGGCCUCCUGGCAUCAUACCGUCUCAGAAGAGGUACAUGGAGUAUAUCUGUGGUAUGCUGUCUCCUACUGCCCCUAUCAAACCCCAUCAGAGGGUACUCCUUAUUAGAAGCCUAAGGCUCACUCCAGUACCACUCUAUAACAAGAUGAGGAGUGGUUGCCGUCCAUUUUGUGAGGUGUUUCAUGAUGAGGAAAGGAUUCUGUCCACAUCACAAGAGUAUGAGAGGAUGAGGGGUUUUGAGGUCGAGGAUGCCAGUGCAAUCAUCGAUCUAAAUAUCCCUGUGUGUGGUGAUGUUAUGAUUGUGGUGUAUCAUGCCCGGUCAACCUUUGGUGGAAAAGUACAAGGAAAGGUGACUGGUCUGAAAAUGUUCCAGUUUCAGUUCCAUACUGGAUUUAUAGAACCAGGAACUCAAGAGAUCGAUUUCACUAGAUAUGAGCUAGACUUCUUUGAACAGGAUAAGUUCGCUGAGCACUUCCAUGCCAGUCUGGAGGUAGUGGUCUCAGAGAAAGAUAGGCCAUCCCAGAAACCGACUCCUUGGACCACCUUUGAGACCAAGAGACUUACCCCUAAGUAUUGCUUCUCAGGCCAGGAUGAGUGGGACAGUGUCAAGGCUCAGUUUGGUAAGAUGGAUGAGAAAGCCCAGCGAAGAUUAGAGAAGGAGCGAUCUGAGAAACAAUCAUCUGAGACUAAGCCCAGUGCUCCUCGGCAGGCAUCCCCUCCUCCUCAACAGACCGCUCCCGAAGCUGUUCCUACAGGUGGCCAAACUGACAAGAAACCAUUCUUUCAGACGUUGGAUUGGCAACAUGGUGGUUCUCAAAAGACAGAAGGACAAGUCAAGCUACCAACACAGGAAAAUGAGACUUUGAUCGACGAUGAUGAUGAAAGCGAUGAUGACUUCAAUACUUUCCAAGCUCAACGCAUGAGUGAGAUGACUACGAACAGUCAGCAAGGUCAGCAGAGCCAGUCUCAAGGAGGUAGUGAUGCUAAUUUCUUUCAGUCGGAUCCAAACGAAGCAUCCCAGAGUAGCACCACUCAGGAGAAUUUGUUUGCAGAUUUCUCGUCCGCAAUAUCGCAGUCGGAACAAACAACUGAUCUCUUGAACAUAGGUGGUGAUAGCACACCUGCAGCCCAGCCAGCAGCAGAACCAGACCUCAUGGCUCCACCUCCCAGAGACCCUACUAAUUUUGAUUUGCUAGUUGACACUACAGCUGAAAUGAACAUUGGGGCAUCUCCAGCUCAGCAGAGCCAAUCGCAGGAUACUUUUGAUCCAUUCAUUCAAGCUAAACCAUCUCAACCCUCCGCGCCAAAACAAACCAAAGCACAGGAUAAGCAGUUUGACAAUAACACGUUUGAUCCAUUCGCUUCACAUCAGAGAAGUCAGCAAGCAAUCCCAAAAGCUGCACCUAAGCAGGAGAACCAACCAAGUAGAACAGAGGUAAAGGAUGAUUCGUUUGAUCCGUUUGCAUCGUUUGGUCAACCCUCGCCAAGUGCGUCUGGACCUAGCAGUCAGCCAUCUCCUGCCAGUGCUAACAAACCUUUGUUUGAUCCAUUUGGGGCUCAGCCACGUUCAACUCCUUCACCUACACCCGCUUCCACAAGUAAUCUAAGUGCUCCUCAGGGGGGCAUGACAAGGCAGACUCAUAGCAGUGACAACCUUCUUGGGGACUUUGGCAACUUUAGUCAGAAUGGUGGUCCUACAUUGAAACAGAGCAACAGUGGACCAGACCUUAUGUCUGGUUGGAACCAAGGUCCCAGAUCCACUCCCAUGCAGCCUGAACCUAACAGAACUCCCCAGCACUCUGGCCGUCCCUCCCAGUCAGCAAAGGUCGACCCCUUCGCCAGCUUUGGAAACUUCUCAUCCCCUUCCCAGGGGAAGCCAAUGGGUGGCGGUCAGGCGAUGGGUGGCGGCCAAGCUAUGGGAGGUGGCCAACCCAGUCCUCAGAAGCAGAGACAGAGCCCAGGUUUUGGCAUGGGUAGGCAGCAACCGAUGAUGUCCUCACAGUCUCCAUCUCACAGGCCAGCUCAGCCCCAGCCAUCACCUCAGAAGACAGCCACACCACCCCCUCAGGCAGCCAAGCCUAACUACUAUGCUGGUGGCUUCUCAUCUAGUGUUAUCGGAGGUAGAGAAGAGAGAGGGAAGAGAGCAGGGGGCUUCAUGACAAGUAAAGCAGCGAAAGAAGCCGAUUUUGGUGACCUGCUCUCAAACCAGCAGAAGUUCCAGGCCUCUGCCAAGAAGAAUGAACCAAAGACUAUCAAUGAUAUGAAGAGAAAAGAAUUAGAAGCUACCACUGAUCCUAAUGUUCUCAAGGUUAGAGACUGGACCAAAGGGAAGGAGAACAACAUUAGAGCUUUGAUCUGUUCAUUACAUCAAGUAUUAUGGGAUGGCGAAGAGAGAUGGAAACCUGUCGGCAUGCAUCAACUCGUUGAGCACAAUCAGGUUAAGAAAUGGUAUAGGAAAGCAGUGCUCUCUGCACAUCCUGAUAAACAGACAGGAACACCUUAUGAGGAGCUUGCCAAACUGAUCUUCAUGGAACUCAAUGAUGCCUGGUCAGCAUUUGAAGAAUCCGGGUCACAGGCACUCUUCUGAGACACCACCUGAGGAGUUUCAUAAAGUGAUUUUCACAAACAUUUGUUAUAAGCUACUGGAAUUCCUUCAAUCUGAUUGGCUAACGGCAAA